AUGGUUUUGGAUACUGGUACCGUUUACAUUUACAUACUUUUAAGGCGAGUCAUGAUCUGUCCGCUGGUACAGUUCGAUAAUUUGGAAACAUCUUAUGAGUAUUAUUAUCGAGAAAUGGACGGGACGGCUUUUUUGGAUCCUCGUGUAUUGGCUCAGUAUUACCUUAUGUAUGCUGAUGUAGCCCUGAAGAAACAUCAUAGUUUUGUGAGUAUUGCUCUGAUUGAUAAGCGUGUUUCACUUUCAGGUAGAGGAGCUCUGAAUUAG